AUUCGUUAAAACAUAAGUCCCAGUUCUGUGGCGGGCAUCUGUCGUUCCAAGUUUUGCAGUCGACUGACCAUCAUUUAGAUAUAUUCUCUCUAGAAGAUCACCCAGAUCUUGAUAAUGGAGUACUCGUAUUUAGGACAGAAUUCAUUUGAUGGUGGUAAUUGUACUCUUCCGGGGAUGGACAAUCCUUUGGUAGGGUGUAACAUCCCCUGUACCUACGGGGACAGCAACCCCUUUGGUCAAAUGACUGCCCAGGGAUACCGUUAUAAUGGAGUAAGGAGUUUCCCACCAAAUCCGAGCAUAAGUUCUGCAAGUUGUAGCAUGGUGCCUCGCCCGCGAGAUCACCCACAACCUCCAGUUUUCCCAACUGGUGCAAGUCCAUGGCUUGGCCAAUCCGAAAGUUUUACGAAAGGGUUGUCGUAUAAGAUGUACCAGCAUGAAGCUGGCAUAAGUCCAGAGAAACGCAAACAGCGCCGUAUCAGGACAACAUUUACCAGUGCACAACUUAAGGAACUAGAGAAAGCCUUUGCCGAAACUCACUACCCCGACAUCUACACUAGGGAGGAGAUUGCCAUGAAAACAGACUUGACCGAGGCCCGAGUGCAGGUCUGGUUUCAAAAUCGUCGAGCAAAGUUCAGAAAAAUGGAAAGAGCAAAACAGCAGCAGCAACAACAGAGCCAGACCACUUCCUCCGUGAAACAGGAGCCAAGCAACACUAGUGGAAGCAACAACAGCAACAAUACGACCACCAACUCCAGCAACAACAACAACAAUAACAACAACAACACCUGCAAAGACAAGGUCAUCAAGUCCGAGGACGUCCAAGAAGGAUCAAAAUGGAGUUCCAAUGUAUCAAGCGGUAAAGUGACACCUUCUCUCUCCAACACAACGUCACUUCCGGGACCCUACUCCAGCGUUCUAAACUCUCAUGGACAUGAAUUUCAUCAUACCUCGUCUCUGGAAAAAGGCGUGUCUCUGGCAGGGGGGAUAUUCUAAUACUAGUACAGAGAUAUAACUUUUGAAUCAUCGGCAACAUACGAUUUACAUACACAGGAAUUUCCUGACUGGAGGGAGCCAUUGCGUCAGCGUCUUCCCUUUAACCGAGAAGUUCUUGUUUUCAUUUUGAUUCACUCCAGUUUUAAGAGCACUUAUCAAAUAUAUCUGUAAAGUUAAAAAGAUUUAUUCUAAUGUAACAGAACUCAUGACGAAAUAUUUUGUGUACUGAUUUCUUAUAUUGUGUGAUGAGUGAAACAUUUUGUGUACUGAUUUCUUGUAUUGUGUGAUGAGUGAAAAUUUAUGUACUAAUGUCCAGUACUAUGUGAUGAGUGAAACAUUUAUGUACAAAUUUCUUGUAUUGUGUGAUGAGUGAAAUUUUAGGUCCUGGUUUUUGUAUCAUGUGAUGAGUGAUUUUCAGUAUUGUGUGAGUUUAUUUAAGUGAAUUUUUCAUUGUAGAUAAAUCUAGCGUUAUGUUCAAGGAAUGAAGAUGUUUGUCUAUCAGUUUCCCAUACUUCCACAUUACAGGAACUAUUUUAAACAUUGCACAACCAUGAAUGACACUGAAUUAAAUGUGUAUUUACGUGUAUGUUGUAUAUGUGGAGGAUUGAUAUUCAGCACAAAUCAUUACACAAAAAAUAGUCCGUGUGAUUUCAGAAGUGUCGCGAUCAUUUAUUCAGGUAUAAUAAAUCAAAACUGAUUUAUUGAUCGCGAUGUAUUCCCAAUGAUUCAUAUGAGCAAUACGUUUCAAAAAGUGUUAAAAUAAACAAUACACCGAGAUUUUUUUUUUAAUCUUUCGCAUAUAAUUGAUGGGUAAUUAAAAAUAAGACAUUUUAUAAGUGGUGACGAGUCUUUCACAACCUACAGUAUUAGCAUGCAAAUGUACACACAUGUUCUGAUGGGCACCUACUGCAUUAGUAUUACACUGUAAAUACAAAUCUAUUCAUAAAAUGCGCAGAAACUAAACGGGUUUUUCUUUAUUUUCCUAAGGGAAGUAAUCCUUUGGUUUACUGAUGGUAGGAAUAGUUCUGAUUUACUGAGAGAGAAAAAAAUCUUUUCCAUAUUCAGUCUGUUUAACAUGUGAAAAUAGAUUUUUAUUUUUUUUUAAUAGUAUAUGUAUAUAUAUAUUUAUGUACGUUUUUUUUAAAAAUCUGAUUUCAUUCAUUCUUAGUGGCAGUAAUUGAGGGAGCCCAACACAACAUAUUUCUCUCAAUCUCUGUAUUUUCAUUUAUAUGAAAUAUAAUAAAGUUCUGUUAUUUCACAUUCAUUUGUAAUAAAAUGCAAUAAAAAUGUGAAAACAUAUUAAAUGUUCUUAUUUCUCCCACUAC